AUGGCUCUCAAAAUGAAAGAAAAUUAUCAAAAAAAUGCAACAGAAGCAGCAAUACAACAGACUGUUUCUAUUUCUAAUGUGUAUAUAAACAGAGCCGGUAGAGAACUGACAUCGGCUAAUGCACCAAAUACAACGAAUAACACACAACAAAGUAACCAAGGAAAAUUACCUAUGGAUUGUGAAGAUGUGGAAAGUAUGAAAGGUACAUUUUCAUGGAAAUUAAUCGGUGAUUACCAUGUACCAUGUAUCGUAAGAUCUAUAAAAGGUGAACUGAUUAAGUUUGUAUCUGUCCGUAUGGCUGAAAAAAAGCUGCUCAGUUUCUUUUUAUAUUAUUUACAUGAAGAUAUUUUUAAUUUCACAACUUUGAGAAGUCAUAUUAUCACAGAUUCUGAAGCUAAUCUAUUAAAUGAAAUCAACCAAGAACAUGCAGACUGUAUAUACGGGAAAAAAAAGUUUAAGGCAGGAAAAGAGUAUAUCGUCCUAUUAGAAGAAGUUCAAGAAUUUUUUACGUUCCUAAAAGUAUGUUAUAAAAAAUUAACGUGCAAUAUUACUACUGGUAUCACAGAAAAAUGCGGUUUUAUACGUAUUAACUCUGAAUUUGUUGUGCCAUACUGUAUUGAAGAUAACCGAAAAUAUGUUCCGCUUUUCUACUUUAAAUUGAAAACAGAAAUCCUAAAGCAUCCAACUGUACAAUUAGAAAAUUGGAACUUGGCCUAUCUAAAGUUCUGUUGUAGAAUUCAGGGUAUUUCAGAUGAGUUGUUUCCUAGCAACUCUUGCACAGUGAUCAAUCUUGAUGAUCUCAAAAAUUAUUUUCCAUCGGAAACUAAUUUUGAGGAAUAUUGGCCAGGUACGGAGACUUAUAGAAAAUUCCUCAUUAAUCAAAAAACAACUUGUAAAAAUCAACCCGGUGACCGGAUCAGAGAACCACCUGAAGUAGAACCUGCUGAAAAUACUACUCGUCCUACAUUAACGGCACCAGCACCAGUAUUACCACCGAAUAUACCAAGGAUGAUGAUCUCCAAUCAAAACAGAUGGCCACCAAACCAAAUGAGUUCAACAAUGUCUCAAGGCAGCAGUUUAAUAAGAGAUGCGGGUCAUUUUGUACCACCAUCGACUUUAGUCCGUGCAGGCAGUGCGGCAUCAGUAAUUGGUCAAUGUGUGGCAACUAUGAACAAUCCAAUGAUCAAUGCAAUAUUACAUUCAAGUCAAAUGCCACAAUUCUACCCUCAACCUUCUAACAAUAGCCAAGCGCAACCACAACAGUUGCAUCAACAACAAAUUACUAAUCCUCAAACUCAGCUGUCAUAUAGUGGCCAAUCUGUGUAUGAUCGUUUCACCAACAAUCAACAGCGCCACGCAUUGAAUAAUGUUGGACCAACACAACAAUACCAAUCUGCGGGUGGUCCGUCCAAAAGACAACGCACCGAAUAG